UCAGCCUCCCCAUCCCGGGGAGCAGCUCAAAGGGCCUCGGCAGGGAUGCCGGCCGGUGCCGCCGCUCGCCGCAGGAGCCUCGUGCCGGCCUCGCUGGUCGCAGCCGCCACCCUCGCCGCCGUCUCGCGCACCUUCGUCUCGCCCUCGGCGGCGCCCGCUGGGCGCUCCUCCCGGACGGCCGCGCGCGGCUUUAAGGAAGACUUCGAGGCGUGGAGGGGCUCCCUCACGCCGGAGGAGACCGGGCACCAUGCUGAAGAAGCAGGCGGCGGGGGAGUUCAACAAGAAGUUCCGCAAGUCCGACGAGUUCAAGAAGGACCUGCCGGACGAGAAGGUGCAGUCCUUCUCGAAGAUCCUCGGCAAGUUCUUCGAGGCGGAGGCCGACGACUACAAGAAGGAGCCGGGGUCGGAGGCCCCAGACCCAGACGGCCUGCUGUUCAAGGGCACCGAGUCCAAGAUGGACUUCAGGCUGAAGAGCCGGAUCGUCGAGAUCGACCGCGACGCGGAGCGCCGCUACCACUUCGCCGCUCUGAGGACCACGCACGCCGCGUACAGGGGGGAGUUCUGGCCGAGCAGCUCCCCGAUGAAGGAUGUGUACUAUUUCCAGAACAACGACACGGAUUCGCACGACAUGCUGGUGAAGGCGGUCGAGAAUGCGGGGGUUCCUGUGACGGUUCCUCCGGUCGGCGAGAGGUUCAGCCUCGUGCUUCCCAGAUGCCUAUUUCAGGAUAUCAACGAGGUCGGCGCCAAUCUCAUUGCGUGGAAGGAGCAGUUUGGUGUGUCGGAUGACGACUACAAAACGGCGGUGGAGAAGAUCACUACUGACCUGAUUCUGGGCUACUAUCCAGCCCGCGAGACGAUCGAGAAAGACGUUACGGACAUGAAGAAUUUCUUCAAGUCUCAGUCGAAGGACUUGUACAAGACCAAGGCCGAUGUUAUGAAGGAGAUCUGGAGGGUGUUCGAGGAGAAAUCUGGCAAGAAGAUGCCCCCGUUGGACGAGGAGUUCCUGGCGGAUCUCGAGAAGAUUCCUGCCGUGGACGAGAUCUCGUUCAGGCACCCCUGGGGUAUCGCUGACAAGCUGUACAAGUCGGAGGCCAUCGACGCCUUCGGCUUCAAGUACCUGCUCGGCGUCUUCGAGACCGUCAAGGAGGCCGAGGCGGCCUUUGACAGCUGGAACGCCGAGUUCGACCAGGCGCGCGCGGACAUGGAGAACGAGCUGGGCCAGUGGAGCAAGCAGGAGCAGGCGCGCCUCGACGCCGACACCGCCGGCCAGGAGGCCAUGAAGGUCGUGAUGGAGCAGGGCAGGGCCUGA